GCGUGAUUAAGUGUUGACCUCUGAACUCUGGCCAGCAACAACAGAGUGAAGAUGGCGGAGUUUGAUUUUGGUGACUGUGAGCUCUUUGAACAAUUGGAAGAGAGUAUGCCUGUUGCUACUCACAUUCGGUUCACUGAGGAGGGUGGAGAGGAAGGCUCUGAGCUCAGUGAAAGAUUGGAGGAGUGUGAGGAGACAAUCCGGAGUCUAAUAGAAGAGAAUCAAGAGUUGAAGAGAAAAUUGAAAGUUUUGACAAGGCCAAGUGGCAUUAAUGUUGAAAACAUCAAGAUUGAUGGGCCUCUUCUACAGAUCCUUUUCGCAAAUAAUAGCAUCUCAAAGCAAUGCCGUCAAGAAAUUGAAGACUCCAUCUGUAGUAUUGUUCAGAAACAUCAGCUGCAUGGAGAAGUUGAAAAAGGAAAUCCCUCCAGCAAUGUCAACCCUCAGUCUUCAAGUUUCAUUAUGGAAGAAGAUCAGAAGACCAAGACCUGUGGCAUCAAAAAGAUUAAGGAAGCCUUCAGUAUGGUGGGAAGUGUCCUUUAUUUCACCAGUUUCUGUGUGGACAAACUUGGGCAGCCCCUGCUUAAUGAUAACCCCCAGCAGACAGAAGGAUGGGAGGUUCCAAAAUAUCAGCAGGUCUUCAGCCAGGUCAUCGCCUUAGAUGGACAGGAAGUACAGAUGAAAGAGAAAAGACCUAAGCCUUGUUGUUUCAACUGUGGGUUGGAUGGUCAUCAACUGCGAGACUGUCCUCAGCCAAAGGACAUGGCCAGAAUCAAUGAGAAGCGGAAGGAGUUUUCUCAGGGUAACCAGGGCAACUUGAGCAAUCAGCGUUACCAUGCUGAGGAACUGGAGGAGCGAUUUGCCAGAUACAAACCUGGAAUCAUGAGUGAGGAGCUGAUGUCUGCACUGGGAGUUGAAAUGAACACUCUACCCCCUCACAUCUACCGCAUGAGGCGGUUAGGCUACCCACCUGGCUGGCUUAAGGAGGCAGAGAUGGAGAACUCAGGUCUCACGCUAUAUGAUGGGAAGGUGUCAAAAGAUGGAGAACUAACAGAGGUCGACCAUGGACAAAGUAUUUCCUAUGAUGUUUCCAAGCUAGUAGAUUUCCCAGGCUUCAAUAUAUCUGCACCACCUAGUGUGAAGGAUGACUACAGGCUAUAUGGCUCUAUUCCAAUACAGCAUAACCAUAUGAAGCAGAAUUUUGCUGACUAUCUGUCCAACAAUUUUCCAAUGCCUGGUGCCAACUGCAAUAAGAGACUGCAUGAAUCCGAAUCAACUCCCCAGCAGACGAAAAAAAGGAGAUCUGAUGCCAGGAGUUCAGAUAUGGAUGUUGAUUCAGACCAGGAUACUACACCCCGCCGCCACCGGAGCUCAGACAGCUUCCAGUUCCAGCCCCCGCUGCCCCCUGACUCGCCAUCCUUUGGUUCACCACCUCCCUUACCUCAUGGUACACCACCAGCCACUCCCACUCCACCCCCUCUUCCUAAGGGAACACCUCCCCCCACACCCACUAAUGGUUCACCGGCUCUACGGGGACGCACUGUGGGAGUGGGUGAGGAGUCUGUAGGUGGGGAGGAGGAAGAGCUGACACUGGAGGAGCUGGAGGAGCAGCAGAGGCUGAUCUGGGCUGCAUUGGAAAAUGCUGAUACCACCACCAACAGUGACUCUGAGACACCAGCUGUUGGAACACCCCUCCCCAGCUCGCCCAGCGUCUCCACACCUGCCCAAGUCGACACUGAAACUGAAAUGGAGGAAGGUGAUGCUGAAGAUGAAGAAAAGGAGGGAUCUGUGGAGGUUUCCAGCCACAACAGUGAUGAGCAGAUCAGUGUUGAUCCAUCUUCUAGCAAAUGUCAGGAUGAUGUUGAAGAUAAAAGCAAGGUGGUUGAAGAUGAGAGCAGCUUGCUGAAAACACCAGUCCAAGAGGAGAGCCCUAUGAGUCCUGAAGCUGCUGCAGAUAGAGGCAAUGUGCUUGCACAGAGGCCCAGCUUGCUUCAAACACCAGUCCAAGAGAGCCGUCAGCCAGACCCCUCAGAUCAGGAUGCUGUCGAGGGAGAUCUGUCUGACUCUGUGGGGAAGGUAACAGCCGUGCCUCACCGGAGUAGGUUCGCACAUGGCAUUAUUCCCUUUGAGGACACGCCAGAAUUCACAGAGGUUGCUGAGGCCACCGGGACAUACCUUCGAAUCCGAGACUUGCUGAAAGGUUCCCCUCGAAAUAUGGCGAAAAAAAAGUGAAAAGACUGGCUUGAAUUAAAAUCCAGGGAUUCUUUUGCAUAAACACUUAUUUUUUAACAAAUCUGUGGUUUUCAUACACUUUUCUUUAAGUGUGCCACAAAAGUUGGAGCUGAACAGUUUGGUGACCUGUCAUUCAAACUUAUUUUUAAUGGUUUAUUUUUUUUGUACCAAAAUGAAUGUAUUUUAUGCGUAUGAGUUAGCUGUGGUCUAUGAAGACCGCAAGGUUUUCAUGGAAUAGUUUUUCUUUAAGGAAACCUCAUAAGCCAGUUUUGGCGUGUCUUUUUUUCCAUUCACAUAAAAUCAUUUUUGUAGCAAUGACAACAUCCAUAUUGCUCUUUUAGGUGUAAAGAUACGAUUUUAUAAAAUGUUUUUCCUCUUCUGUUUUUACCAUCGAUUGAUCAUUUUUCUAUGACUCUUUGCAGUCUAGGCGCCUCUCCUCUUCUCAUGGUUAAAGUAGCCUCCCAUUGGCUACUCCUAUCAAAUAAGGACAUAUUCAUCUCGAUUUUUAAGUUCAUUUGAAACUUGAUUGGAUUGUUGAGGUGAUUUUUAACUCGAUUAUUUUAAUUUUAUUUUGACACAGGAAGUCGGUGUCUUAAUUCAGAAUAUCACUACAACAAUAUGGCUCUGCUUAAUAUCGCACGUUUAUUCAAAAAAGUAACAACCAUUGUAAGUCUUUUCGUCAGCGUCAUAGACUUGGUUCAGCAUCUGGUUAUUGCUACUACAUAAUGGCACUAGAGAGCAGCAAAACCUAAUUGGACAUUUUCAGGUAACCAUAUUAAAUUUGACUAAGAGCAACUUGUCUAGAGGAGAAGAGUGUCAAAGGAGAUCGGCCUACUUUUUACUUAGGGGUCAAUGGUUUGUUUUUGUUAUUCUAAAUUGGACUGUCAUUGUAGUUUUGCCACUGAAUGUCUGAAUUAAACGUACACAGUAUGUGGGAAGGCUGCUUGCA